GAUGAUGUAAUAAUAACGGUUCACUUCACAAACAGCAUUUCACCCUGUGAAUUGCACCAUAAGAGGUCCAAAUGUGAAGUCCAAAUGACUUACAGAGACCAAGUUAUCCCAAAAAAGGGCUCGGUGUUCAACGUGCUCCGACUUCAGAGUAAAUAUUGGGAUGCAGUCAUUAGGGUGGAGGGUGUCGAGUAUAAAGUCCACAAGAUCAUCAUGUGUGACUGCAGCCCUUACUUCGGAGCUCUUUUUCAGUUCCAGCCCACUGAAGACAUUAAGGUUUUUGACAUCUACGGCGUGUCUCCUGAAAUAAUGCAGCUCAUCAUAGAGUUUGCAUACACCAGCAGUAUCCCAGUUGCAAAGGACAACGUGCUAGAUUUGAUGCAGGCGUCUGAUAUGCUCCUGGUGAUCUCUGUGGCACAGGCAUGCUCAGACUUCCUUUGUGAGCAGGUAUCCCAGAAUAACUGCAUCGGUAUGUGGCAGUAUGCAAAAUUCUACUUCUACACGGAUCUGAGGAACAAAGCCUACCGCUUCAUCACUGAUCACUUUGAGGAGGUCCACGUUGGUGAGGAGUUUCUUCACCUUUCUGUGCAAGAGCUCGCCGAAAUCCUGGAUAGCGAUGAGCUCACUGUGAGGUGGGAGUCCACGGUGUUUGAGGCUAUCCUUCGCUGGAUCACGCACAAACCCGAAGAGCGGCACACGCACAUAGCUGUGCUGUUGUCAAAGUUCCGAAUGGCCUUGACCAGCAUAGAGUACAUCAACACAAAUGUCAGUCCUCAUGAGCUGGUGAAGAACAAUCCAGAAUGCCAACAACUGGCCCUAAAUGCCACCCGGACCAUUGAGUACAUUAACCUUAGACCUACUGUGACAUUUUUAUGCAACUUUGUUGCACGGCCUCGUCUACCAAAUGCCACCCUGCUGGCAAUAGGGGGCUGGAGCAGUGAGAAUCCACUCGAUGACAUUUCUGCGUACGACAUCUGUACCGAUCGCUGGAUCAAUGCACCCUACAGUCUGGAGUAUCCUCGGGCCUAUCAUGGCACCGUCUUCCUCAACGGGUACCUCUACUGUCUCGGUGGCUCAGCCCGGGCGGAGUACUUCAACAGCGUCUGUCGACUGGAUCUGAGCACACGUACAUGGCAUGAGGUGUCACCGAUGUACUACACCCGCAGCUUUGUGAGUGCAACUGAGCUCAACGGACUCAUCUACGCCAUGGGAGGCUUUGACGGACACACUCGACUGGUCAGCGCAGAGCGUUAUAAUCCCGACACCAACCAGUGGAACCGUAUUGCACCGAUGCACCAAGCAAGGAGUGAUGCCAGUUGCACAACAUUGUAUAAUAAGGUUUACAUCUGUGGUGGUUUCGAUGGUAAUGAAUGCCUACAAACGGCUGAAAGUUACAACCCCGAUACCAACCAAUGGACACUAAUUGCUCCCAUGAGCAACAGACGUAGUGGACUUGGAGUCAUUGCGCAUGCAGAGCAGAUCUAUGCAGUUGGUGGGUGUAAUGGCCCACACCGUCUCAGGACCACCGAGGUCUACAACCCUCUGAACGACACCUGGAGCUACGUCGGCGCCAUGUUGACCACUCGCAGUAAUUUCGGCCUGGAAGUGAUUUACGAUCACAUCUACGUGGUUGGUGGUUUCACCGGCACUGGCACAACCAGUCAAGUUGAGUACUAUGAUAGAGCAAAAGAUCAGUGGUUUUUAGCCUCGGAGGCACUGAACCACGGCAGUGCUCUGAGCUGCUGUGUGGUCUUUGGACUCCCUGACAUGUCUGACUAUGCUGUCCCCCGUGACUCCCUGCCCUAUUUAGAUUUGGAAGAGGGGCUGGUGGAAUCAGAAGACUGUCUGAAGGGAAGUGAUGACAACUUCCUGUGUCCUGAUGAUGUAAUCAGAAAGGUUUGCUUAAAACACAGUGGCGCCCUCUGUGAAUUGCAACAUGAGAGGUCCGGAUGUGAAGUCCAAAUGCCUUACAGAGAUCAGAUGAUCCCUAGGAAGGGGUCGGUGUUUAAUGUUCUUCGAUUGCAUAAUAAAUACUGGGACGCGGUCAUUAGAGUCCAGGGUGUGGAGUACAAAGUCCACAAGAUCAUUAUGUGUGACUGCAGCCCAUUCUUUGGAGCUCUUUUCCAAUUCCAGAUUCAGGAAGACAUAGAGGUUUUUGACAUCUACGGUGUGUCCCCUGGAAUAAUGCAGCUCAUCAUCGAGUUUGCAUACACUGGCAGUAUCCCAGUUUCCAAAGACAAUGUACAAUAUUUAAUGGAGGCGUCUGAUAUGCUACUUGUUAUUUCUGUGGCCAAGGCCUGCUCGGACUUCCUUUGCCAGCAGAUUUCACGAAAUAACUGCAUUGGUAUGUGGCAGUAUGCAAAAUUCUACUUCUACACGGAUCUGAGGAACAAAGCCUACCGCUUCAUCACUGAUCACUUUGAGGAGGUUUAUCCCGGUGAGGAGUUCCUGCAUCUUUCUGUGCAGGAGCUUGCUGAAAUUCUAGGGAGUGACCAACUCAACCUCAGGAGCGAGGGCUCAGUGUUCGAGGCUAUCCUUCGCUGGAUGUCACACAAACCUGAAAAGAGGCACGAACACAUGGCUUUGCUUUUGUCUAAGUUUCGAAUGGCGUUGACAAGCAUCGAUUACAUCUACACCAGUGUCAUCCCCAAUCAGUUGGUGGAGAAAGAUGCCCAGUGCCUACAAAUGGCACUUGACGCCAUCCAAAUUAUAGAGUUUAUGAACUUUAGAAGCAGUGGGUCGUUUUUAAGCAACUUUGUUGCAAGGCCUCGUUUACCUAACGCUAUCAUGUUAGCCAUCGGAGGCUGGAGUGGUGAGAAUCCAAUUGAUGACAUUUCUGCGUACGACAUCUGUACUGGUCGUUGGACCAGUGCACCCUACAGUCUGGAGUAUCCUCGGGCCUAUCAUGGCACCGUCUUCCUCAACGGGUACCUCUACUGUCUCGGUGGCUCAGCCCGGGCGGAGUACUUCAACAGCGUCUGUCGACUGGAUCUGAGCACACGUACAUGGCAUGAGGUGUCACCGAUGUACUACACCCGCAGCUUUGUGAGUGCAACUGAGCUCAACGGACUCAUCUACGCCAUGGGAGGCUUUGACGGACACACUCGACUGGUCAGCGCAGAGCGUUAUAAUCCCGACACCAACCAGUGGUAUUGCAUCGCUCCAAUGCAUCAUGCAAGAAGUGAUGCAAGCUGCACAACACUGUAUAAUAAGGUUUACAUCUGUGGUGGAUUCGAUGGCAACGAAUGCCUUCAAACAGCUGAAAGUUACACCCCAGAGACCAACCAAUGGACACUAAUAACACCAAUGAUCAACAGACGUAGUGGACUUGGAGUCAUUGCACAUGCAGAGCAGAUCUAUGCAGUCGGUGGGUGCAAUGGUCCCCACCGUCUCAGGACCACCGAGGUCUACAACCCUCUGAACGACACUUGGAGUUACGCGGGCUCCAUGUUGACCACACGCUUUAACUUCGGCCUGGAAGUCAUCUAUGACCACAUCUACGUCGUCGGUGGCUACACCGGCACCGGCACCACCAGUCAAGUCGAGUACUACGAUAGAACCCAAGACCAGUGGUUCUUGGCACCCAAGCCGUUGAACCACGGCAGCGCUCUGAGCUGCUGUGUGGUCUCCGGACUUCCCGACACAUCCGACUAUGCUGUCCCUCGUGACACGCUGCCGUUUUUUGAUUUAAAAGAUGGGUUGGUGUUGACUCCGUUCUAACGGUCACACAUUUUGUUUUUCUUUGGCUGAUGCCCAGUAGGGUGAAGAGAGGACACCAAUGUAAAUUUUAUACCAACCAACUGACUUCGAACAAUAUUCCAAACAAGCAACACACAAUGACAAACACUGGCAAAGGUCAUUAAUGGUUAACUCUGUGAAUGUACACCUCAGUACCACAUAGUACUGUACUACUUAGAAAAACAACUCACUUAGUUAAAGUUAAACCAAAAGGUUGCAUCACAUUAGAAUCUUUCACGGGUUAAUGAACAGUGUUUCAACAACUGUUUAAUUUUCUCAGUAUGAAGAACUUUUUAUUAAAAACUACUGUACAAAGUCUGUAGAAAACAUGGUUUGGCAGAUGGUUCCAACACUGUAUUUCAUUUCCCAUGUUAUCCUCUCUGUGUUUAAAGGUAAGGUCACUUAGAAAAUCCAAUGCAUGACACAGUUGGUAAUGUAGAAAAUAAGCUGCCUAAACUGUUUCAACUCUUAUAAGUCCUUGGGAUUAAAAUGAUUUUCUGGUGUCAGUCACAGUGAUAGUCUGCUAUGUUUUAUCAAUGUGUAACAUUUUGUUUUAACGUACAAACCACCGAGGACUGCUCUUUAAAAGCCCACAAAAAUUCCUGAAUCCCUAACUUGACA